GUUGCUCAUUUUUGUUUGUAACACCUGCUAAGCAGUCGUUAACUGACCCGUGCACAGUUCCCAAUGGACGCAAUACUGCUCUCAAGUAUGAAAGCACACUGAAGUUACAUUCAAAUAGUAUCACGGAAUUGUACUAAUGUACGAUCAUGUUAAAUAUGGCUAGAACCACAGCUUAUAUGCUAUUUCUCUGCUGUGUUUUCGUGCAGUUCAGUCGCUUGUCAGGGGUCAAUGAACUGCUGUAUUUCCGUGUAAUUCGUCCAGAGGAGAUAAGUUACAUUUUUAGUGCUGCACCAGCUAAAGACUUUGGAGGUCAUUUUACGUUGUCUUAUGAUGAGAUUUUUCUGGUGCCAGCAGACCCUGUAGAUGGCUGCUCGGAGUUGAGCAACAGUGAAAUCGUUCAUGGACAAGUAAUCCUGGUAGAAAGAGGAGGUUGCUCCUUUGUGCAAAAGGCCAGACAUGUGCAGGAAGCUGGUGGAAAAGCCGUUCUGAUUGCUGAUAAUGCAGAGGACAAUGACAGUCAGUACCUUGACAUGGUCACUGAUGGAAGCACAGACAAACCAAGCAUACCCUCUUUAUUCUUGCUGGGGCGUGAUGGGAUGAUGAUCAGACAAUCUCUUCAAAGGCAAGCGCUGCAGUGGGCUGUCAUUUCAAUUCCGGUCAAUGUUUCCACUCUAGCUUCAUUUCCGUUUAAGCAGCCACCAUGGACACUUUGGUAGAAAUGACUCAAACUUCUUUAAAUUCUUUGUUUUUGCAAUAGUUUCACAAGGAAAACCACAGUUGCGGUGAAUAAUGGAAUUAACAAAUGUCCAAAUGAUGAUAUCAUAGUUCCAGCCACAUAUACCCAAGAGCAAACCUCAAGCCAUAAAGUCAUCAUUUUUUUCAUGCUGUAGUGGAAAAGUGUUCUUGAAGCGCUUCUGUUCAUGUUGUGAAACUGGUUUAAAAAAAAAAACCACACAACUUAGAUCCACAUAUAAGCACAAAAUGAAUAUACUUUCCCAAGCAUUUACUGUAUGUUCCUUUGUUACUUUGGUCUCCAUAGGUAAGAAACCGUAAGGAUAGAGCUUUUAUGGCAGAGGUCACUAACAAGCAGACCGCGGUCCGGAUCCAGACCCAGACCCAGAACCAGUCCCAUAUGGACCCGUAGUUAAAAUAUAAAAUAUGAUGAGGUGCUCUUAUUUUAACUGGCGCAACUUUUUUUGCAGUCUUCACAGUAGCAGUCAGAAAACAUGCGGACCAAUUACAUGACAUAAGCCGUAAUGCUCACAGCCAGUCGGUUUGUGAGGCUCCCGGCUCGAGGGUAAACUGCCAGCUAGAUCAAACAAAGCAGGGAUAGAGACGGCUGCGACAGAAAAAGGCAGCAGAGUUGCCAAAUCUGCCUGUUUUAGCAACUUUGGGCUGUUUUUUAUGUGAAGUCUGUUAUGGGUUUUUGGCCUUGUUUUCUUGAGUGUAGUUGCUUAUUUGGCUUGUCUUGUUAUGAAGCCCUUCUGAUUCUCUUACAGUUGUCCACAAUAAAGAAAAUAACUCCUU